AUGGCCUCCAAUAUACCCCCGAAGAUAAAACAGGCGGGCAUCACUCCCUUCAUCAUACGCGCCAACCAACUUGAGACUGCAAAGCCUGUUAUUGCCUACUGGUGUUUCUACUGGGCCGUCAACCAAAUCCUUGGUAAAGGACUUCACUCCGCUGACGAUGAAUCUCUCCAAUUCACUACGAACCUGAUGGAAAGGUUGGAGCAGAUUAAAGGAUCACAAGUUGGAAAUGAUGCGAUACACGACGACGCUGCCGGGCAGGCAUAUGUAGAGCAGUUUGCGCAAGAGACCUUCGAAAGAGCGAUUCGACCGUUGAAAGCCAACAAAGUGACUCAGCAAACUGCGAGUACUUUCGAGGCCGCGGCCACGUUCUAUCAACUAGUGAAUAUCUGGGGGACACCAGAUGCCGAAACACAAGGGAAGAUCAAAUAUGCAAAGUGGAAUGCCGCCCGCAUCUUGAAAGCGAUUAAGGAGGGCAAGGAUCCCAACGAGUCGAACCCAAAACAAGAAGAGAAUGAGCUAGAUCAAGCUACACCAGCACUCGACCCGAAUGACCCGGAAGUGCAGAUGAUCAAGGGUGCACAACCGAGACAACCUACUGUAGAAGAAGUGCCAGAUGAAGAUGCAUCGAGGAGUUAUCAACCUUUUCCUGCCCCCGUAUCGGCGCCAACGUCGCCUACAGCUCCAGUGGCACCAGGCCCUGAACAAGUGUCUCCUAUAGCACCGCCUAGCGUACCUACACCAGAGCCAGGGGGCUACUUUCCCAGCACGGGCAGCGCUCCGGACACUUUGGACUUACCGUCUAUGUCGGAUAUGCCACCCCCGGGCACGGCUCCUUACAACCCAGUGGGCCCUCCGCCCGUAUUACCGAGCCCUAGUUCUCAUCAACCGGGCGAGCCACCAAGCAUCGCUUCGACACCUCAGGACUUUUACCGUCGGGAGCCUACACCACCGGUGGUCUCACAAGGUCCGUCACGAGUUCGGACACAGGCAGCUCCUCCUAAUCCGCCUGCAAGUACCGGCCAUAAUUACUACACUCCACCCCCGCAGCCCGUCGCCCCAGCUCAACAGUAUGGUGGGAACAACGCACCGUCAAAUGCAUACAACACGGACGAUAUGGCGAUUGUGCAGGCGCAAAAGCAUGCUAAGUGGGCGAUUUCGGCGCUUAAUUUUGAAGACGUGUCAACAGCUGUGCGGGAGCUGCAGGCGGCGCUGGCCACUCUCGGAGCUCGAUAG